CGAACACAUAUAUUCUUUUAAAAAUACUAUUAUCAAAUUAAUUUAGCCGUAUUUACUCCCACUAGGUUACCAUGUGAAGUUAUAUAAUGCUAGCAUUUAGCUUAUUAGCUGCUAAUCUUUUUCAUUGUAUUUGUAGCUCACUAAAGGACUGCUAGUGUAAUCAUGGCUUUUCCACGAUUUUCUCCGCUCCUCGCUCAGACCUCUGCAGUUUUUCAAAGAAAUUUCAGCGUCUCUGCUGCUGCAGCUGCAAUUCAGAAGAUGACCAGAGUACGCGUGGUUGACAACAGCUCACUCGGAAAUACGCCAUAUCACCGGCCGCCAAGAGUGAUCCACGUCUACACGAAGAACGGUGUCGGGAAAGUCGGUGACAAAGUGUUGCUGGCCAUUAAAGGGCAAAAGAAGAAAGCCCUCAUCGUUGGACACAAAAUGCCUGGAGAUCGCAUGACUCCACGCUUUGAUUCCAACAAUGUUGUUCUGAUUGAGGACAAUGGCAACCCUACUGGAACAAGGAUUAAGGUCCCUAUACCAACAAGUCUGCGUCAAAUGGAAGGAGAUUACUCUAAAGUUCUGGCAAUUGCUAGCACAUUUGUCUAAUUCCAUCUUGUUUGACAUGUAUACCUUUAGCUUUUGAAUGUUCUUUUAUAAAAUGGAAAAGCUUUAUUAUUUUGCUGCCACCUAUCAAGAAUUAAAGUUUUAUUUUACUUGUAUUACA